AUGGCAACGCCCAUCUCUGCAUCCGAACAGACAGGCACCGCCAAGGCCCGGCGCGUGCUGGCGUGCGUGCUGUGUCAGCAACGCAAGGUCAAGUGUGAUCGUACAUUCCCUUGCGUCAAUUGUGUACGUGCCGGCGAGCAGUGCGAGCAAGCAACCCGCCAGCGACGCCGGAGGUUUCCCGAGAGGGAACUGCUGGCGCGCCUGCGGCACUAUGAGAGCCUGCUUCGCAAGCAUAACAUCAAGUUCGAUCCUCUCCACACGCCUGCUACAGACCGUAGGUCUGCUAGCGAGGGUGAGCGAGAUGAAAUUCCAGAGGGUACUCAGUCGGAAGGUGCUCUUCCUGGUACGGAUUCUCGCCCGUUGGGAGAAAAGGAACCAGUCAAGUCUAAAUUAUUGAAUAUUUGGCAUGCCAUGAGUCAAAAAACUGUAGAUCCCGAGGAAGAUGACGGAAAUGACGGCGAAGACGGUGGAAACGACACCGGGUUCCUGCACGACAACGACGAUGUGCGCCACGCCGUGAUCAAGAAGGCAUGGAACCAUAUGUUUCAAGGCAAAAGCAAUGACCACCUGUUAUUCGGUUCACUGGCAGGUAAUGUCGACGACCUUUCUGCUUUGCACCCGACCCAGGUACAGAUCUUCAGGUUGUGGCAGGUCUACUUGGACAACGUAAAUCCUCUUCUCAGAGUCACGCAUACACCCACCCUUCAAACACGUAUCAUUGAUGCUGCUAGCGAUAUCGCCAAUAUCAAUCCCAAAUUCGAAUCAUUGAUGUUCAGUAUCUACUGUGUCUCCAUUCAAAGUCUCACAGAUGGUCAAUGCAGCGCCUUAUUCGGAUCUCCCAAAAGGGAUCUCUUGACGGCGUAUCAGGUUGCAUGCCAGCAGGCGUUACGCGGCUGUUUUAUUCUGCGCUCCAGUGACCGGGAGUGCUUGACCGCAUUGUAUCUCUAUCUAGUAUCGAUCAGACCGGACACGGACCCUGCAUCUCUGUCAUCAAUGCUUAGCGUUGCAAUGCGAAUCGCUCAGCGGAUAGGUAUUCACAAUGAGUCAAUGUACGGUAAAUGCUCUGCCCUAGAGGCGGAGAUGCGUCGGAGACUCUGGUGGUCGCUCGUCGUCUUUGAUAAUCGCAUCUGCGAAAUGUCCGAUUACAAAACCGCGUUGCUGGCUCCUACUUGGGACUGCCACGUUCCUCUCAAUGUGAGUGAUUUCGAGCUUCAACCGGAGAUUAAAGCCCCACCCGCAACAAGCAACAGACCGACGGAGAUGCUCUUUGCUGUUGUGCGCAGUGAGCUCGCCGACUUUGUCCGUCACAGUGCCUUCCACCUUGAUUUCAUCAAUCCGCUUUUGAACACGAUGUCUUCUCGAUCUACCAGUGUAGACGAGGCGGAGCAGCUUUUGGUGCUGGAGAAGACACUAGAUGAAAAGUACUUGGCCUUCUGCAACCCAGAGAACCCACUGCACUUCAUGACGAUCUGGACAAUGCGGGGGUACAUAGCUAAGAAUCGUCUCUUGCAACACUACUCCCAAUACUCGACGACCACCAUGCAGACAGACACACAGCGCAACGUGGGAAUUUCCCACGCCCUGCGCAUGCUGGAGUGCGACACCAACCUCAUGACGUCGCCUCUCACCAAAGGAUACCUGUGGCUUGUUCACUUCCACUUCCCCUUCCCCGCGUACAUUCACCUGUUGCAGGAUUUGAAAAAGAGGCCCGUCGAAGAGCAUACAGACCAGGCGUGGGAGGUCAUGAGCAACAACUACGAGGUCCGGAUCAUGGAUGCCAAGGAGGAUGACCGCCCCUUGUUCGUCGUCUUCUCUCGCAUUGUCCUUCAGUCUUGGGAGGCGCGUGAAGAGGUAGCCAGACAACAGGAGACGCCUCUGGUACCACCACGUAUUGUGUCAGAUAUCCGGAACAAAGUGAUGCAGAUGAUGUCGAAUUUCGGACAGGAUUCGGACACAGUGGAGCCUGGUGGUGCCUCGAGUGUCAAUGAGGAUAACCUAUCAAUGCCCCUGCAGAUGGAUUUCAAUUUGCCUGGGAUAGGGUAUGGCCCUUGGGGGCAGGCGUCUACGAGUUUGGGACCGUGGGGAUACCCUGAGAUGCCUGAGCUGAGCUCCAUGGACAUGGAUGCGAAUCAGUUUGUUUUGAACUAG